AGGUGCCGCCGCCGGGGGCCGGCGGCGCGCCGGCCCCGCCGAAGGCGACGCCCCUCGGCGCCUGCAGCCUGGAGCCCCCGGCGAAGGCGCCGCCGCCUGCGAAGGCACCGCCGCAGAGUGCCGACGGCCCGCCGCCGCCCGCGAAAGCGCCGCCGCCGAGUGCGGUCAGCAUGCAGCCCCCGGCGAAGGCGCCGCCGCCGAGCGCCGACGGCACGCAGCCGCCAGCGAAGGCGCCGCCGCCGAGCGCGACCGACGCAGCCCCCUUGGCGAAGGCACCGCCCCCGGAGCGUUCCGCGCAGGCUCCGCCGCAGGACGGCGCGAGCGGCCUGGACCCGCCAACGAAGGCGCCGCCGCCAAGCAUUGGGGGUGCGCAGCCCCCCGGGAAGGCGGCGCCCCCCGGACACUGCGGCUCGGGGCCGCCAGCGAAGGCGCCUCCCCCCGGCGCCACCGUCCAGGAACCGCAGGCGAGGGCGCCGCCUCCGGGCGCGGGCAGAUGCGAGCCGCCGGCGAAGGCUCCGCCUCCCAGCGCUGGCUUCCAGGAGCCUCAGGCGAAGGCGCCGCCCCCAGGCGUCGACAGCUCGGAGCCGCCGGCGAAGGCGCCGCCCCCCAGCGCCAGUGGCCAGGAGCCUCCAGCGAAGGCGCCGCCUCCGGGAGUGAGCAGCUCGGAGCCGCCGGCGAAGGCGCCGCCCCCCAGCGCUGGUGGCCAGGAGCCUCCGGCGAAGGCGAUGCCGCCGGGAGUCUGCGGUAGCCAGCCGCCCGCCAAGGCAGUGCCGCCUGGUGUCACGGACGCCCCCACGCCUGCGAAGGCCGCGCCCCCCGCCAAGGCGCCCCCCGCGGCGGGCGCCCCGCCGGUGAAGGCCGCGCCCCCGUCGGCGGGCGGCCCGUUGCUGAAGAAGGCGCCCCCCCCGGGCGUGGCGGGCGGCGAGCCCCCGGUGAAGGCGGCCCCCGUCGCCGCCGGCCCCACCGCCGCUGGGGAGCAGCUGCUGCGGAAGGCCCCGCCCCCCGGCGUCGGCGCAGAGAGCCCCCCCGCGAAGGCUGCACCCCAGCCGCACCAGGCGGACGAGGACCCGCCGGCCAAGGUCGCCGCCACCCCGGGGGUUGGCGGCUGGAGCCUGUCAGGCGGCGAACCCGCCGUGAAGGCGC